AUGAUUACCCAUCUAUUGUCGACAGGUCCGGUGACAACAACUGUUGUAUUCCUCCUCGCCGCCAGAUGGAUCAUCCAGGUUUUUUACAGAUUCUUCUUUCAUCCGCUCCGCUCGGCACCCGGUCCUUGGAUCAACAGCGUGUCCGAGUUGCCCGCCGCCCUGCAGCUGGUCAGAGGCAACCAGCACACCUACUACAGGUCGCUGCACGAGAAGUAUGGACCCAUCGUAAGAGUCUCGCCUAGCGAGCUCAGCUUCAUAAGCCCGGAUGCACGGGAAGAGAUUUACGGCUUCCGCCUUCUGAUGGAGAAGAGCCCGAUAUUUCUCGGCGCUGUUGGUAGCACUGACGGGCAGACCGGCGUGAGUCUGGCUCUUAAUGCAGACCACAUCCGCCAGCGGAAAGCCUUGGGCUAUCUAUUUACCAACAGCGCGUUGCUCCGCUUCGAGCAUCUGUUCCGCCAACAAGUUGACUAUUUCAUCUCCGUGAUCGAAGAGAAGAUGAGUCAACACGAGUCAGUCGACGUGUCGAGUUGGUAUACCUACCUCGCCUUCGAUAUCAUGGGCGACGUAUGUUUCGCCGAGCCCUUCGGAUGCCUGGGCCAGGCCUCGGCUACAGAGUGGUCUACCUCAGUCAUCAACGUCUUUGUAGCCGCGACCUGGACGCAGGGCAUCCGCCGGCUGUCUGGCACCGGGACCUGGCUUGAGUCUUUCUUGACUUGGCUCCUCGUACCCGCGCGGGCGGCCGAGUGGCGGCGCACACACCUAACAAACUCACGCGAGAAAACACUUCGUCGUCUCGCCGAUCCGGACCGAGACCACCCGGAUUUCAUGUAUUACAUCCUCAACAGCGAGUCGAAGAAGCUACUUUCCGAGACUGAGAUCGUCCUCAACAUGGCCCUCUUCAUCAGCGCUGGCACAGACACCACCGCCACCGCCCUGACGGGCUGGACCUACUUCAUCUGCACUCAUCCCGACGUCUAUCAGCGCCUGGUUGGCGAGGUUCGGGGGGCCCUGGCAUCCCAUGAGGACAUACGGUGGGACAAAGUCCGUCACCUACGCUACCUCGAGGCCACCAUAUACGAGGCACUACGCCUGUUCCCGCCGUCGCCCGCAAGUCAACAGCGCAUUGUCCCACCGGGAGGCGCCACCAUUGACGGCUACUAUGUCCCCGCGGGCAUGACAGUGGCUGUCCCGCCUUGGGUAUCGACGCACUCGUCUCAAAACUUUGCCGAGCCCGAUGAGUUUCGACCGGAGCGAUGGCUGAGCGAGGAGACCAAAUUCUCUGGCGACCAACUUAAUGCCUCCCUGCCUUUUGGCACAGGACCCAGGGUCUGUAUUGGGAAGAACCUAGCUUACAUGGAGAUGCGUCUCAUCUCAGCGCAUUUGCUGUGGAACUUUGACAUGGCGCUUGAUAUCGAGAAGCACAAGAGGACUAAUGAGAUUUGGGGACUGGACGGGAACCUUAAACCUAUGAAGGUCUUUCAUUCCAUGACAAAACCAGAACUGUGGGUGCGCACGAGAGAAGUGCAGCGGUAG